CACUAUCUUAAAAGAUUAAUAUCGAGCGAAAGUCAUUUUGGAUGAAUAUCCUUUGACAAUUGAUGUAUAUCAUUAGAUGUUGCAUUGGGCCACUAGUGUUUUCCCGGAAGUAGGGAAUUAAGGUCGUGAUUCUAGAAGAAGGUUUAUUGUCAAAAUGGUAAUGCAGAAACAGUGGCUAUUAGGAUGCUGAGCUCCCCAGCUUAAAAUAUGGUAGCAUUAAAAUAUCCCAGUUUGAUUCAACCUUUGACGUGGUUGUUAUCUCAGAAUUUCUUACUCUAUUGACAGAUACAUGCUUAUAGGAGAUUACUUCCCUGAAUGUAAUUAAGCAACUGAUAUGUAUUAAUUCUUCUAUAUGUUGAAGUGAGGUCAUGAUUCAUGUCCAAUCUACUGCUUUAGAACAGACUUUAUUGAAUGCAAAUGUUAAGGUGCUACUGAUCUUUGACAUUUUGGAUGAAGAAGAAACGUGGUAGCCAAGGAGAAAUUCUAUCAUUGACUCGCUAAGUUCAGCAUCAUGCUUCAAAUGAGCAGUUGCUUCUAACGCUCCUCAGCAGUCACCGACUUACUGAUAAGAGGAAACUUCCCUCCUUCUGCAGUGUCCAUUCUUGAGAGAAGAAUGCUUCCUCUUUCUUCCUCCUCAACUCUUGAAACCCAUUAUUAAUUUUUCUAUUCGAAAUCCUACCAUCCAUAUAUAUGUGUCUUCUUCCUCAACCCGUGGCAUCAAUUUCAAACUUUCCAAGAGAUUUAAAAAUUAUGGAGAUUUUUAUCAACAUUACGUUUCUUCUCCUCUUAUUCUUUAGGAUUUCCCUGGCUUUGGCACAGAACACAACAAUUUCAAUAAAUGUGGGUGUGGUUCUUGACUUGGAUAAUCCAGUUGGCAAAAUGGGGCUAAGCUGCAUCAACAUGGCUCUCUCUGAUUUCUAUGCCUCUCAUGCUUACUAUCGUACUAGGCUCGUCUUACACACAAGGGACUCCUCGAAAGAUGUUGUUGUUGCAGCUGCUGCAGCUCUAGAGUUGAUAAACAGUGUUAAAGUGCAAGCGAUCAUAGGGCCAGAAUCAUCAAUGCAAGCAAGUUUUGUAACUGAACUUGGAGAUAAAGCACAGGUUCCCAUAAUCUCCUUUACAGCAACAAGCUCUGCCAUUCAGAGUUCAUAUUUUUUCAGAAUUGCACAAAAUGACACAUCUCAAGUGAAAGCCAUAUGUGACCUCAUCCAGGCCUUUCAGUGGAGUGAAGCAGUGCCCAUCACCGUUGACAACGAGUUCGGGAAGGGAAUAAUACCAUAUCUGACUACUGCUUUGCAAGCGGUUGGUGCUCGCAUCCCCUACUGGGUUGUCAUUCCUCAAAUGGCCACUGCAGACCAAAUUGACGAAGAACUUGACAAGUUGAUGAAAAUGCAAAUCAGGGUCUUCAUAGUGCAUAUGUUGCCUUCUCUUGGCACUCGGCUUUUCGCAAGGGCAAAGGAAUUGGGAAUGAUGGAUGAAGGCUUUGCAUGGAUAGUGACAAAUGCGAUCUCUAACUAUUACGGUUCCUUGGAUUCGUCUUUUAUAGACAACAUGCAAGGUGUAUUGGGUUUAAAGGCUUAUGUUCCAAAUACAAAAGAUCUUGAAAAUUUUAGAGGUAGAUGGCAAAAGAGAUUUCAACAAGACAAUUCGACACUAUCGAGUGUGAGCUUGAAUGUUUUUGGACUCUGGGCUUAUGAUGCUGCUUGGUCACUAGCCAUUGCAGUUGAAAAGGUUAACACUACUACCUUCAACUUCAAAAACAUGAACAUUUCCGCAGGUAGUUCCACUGGUUUAGAUAGAUUGGAGAUCUCUCAAAGUGGCCCUAAACUUGUCCAAGAACUAUCAAGUACAAGAUUCAUAGGACUCUCAGGAGAUUUCAGUCUUCUUGACCGGCAGCUACAGUCAUCAAACUUUCAGGUAGUUAAUGUGAAUGAUAAUGGGGAAAGAGGGAUUGGAUAUUGGACACCCCAAAAUGGACUUGUAAGAAACUUAAAUUCGAAAAACACGAGUACUUUUAUUGCCAGCCUUGGUCCUGUUAUAUGGCCCGGAGACACCACCUCAGCUCCAAAAGGUUGGCAGAUUCCUACUGGGGGGAAAUUGAAGGUUCUAGUCCCGGUCAAGAUUGGUUUUCUAGAGUUUGUAAACGCAAGUACGGAUCCAACCACUAACACAACUGUUUUCAGUGGAUACUGCAUAGAUGUCUUUAAUGCUGUAAUGAAAUCAAUGCCAUACUCUGUUCCUUAUGAGUUCCAUCCCUUUGCAAAGCCUAAUAGUGAGAGCGCUGGUAGCUACAAUGAUUUGGUUUAUCUAGUGUUUCUUGGGAAAUAUGAUGCUGCAGUUGGAGAUAUUACCAUCAGAGCAAAUAGAUCCUUAUAUGUUGACUUUACAUUACCAUAUACAGAAUCUGGGAUAUCAAUGGUAGUGCCUGUCACAGAUAAUAAUGUUCCUAAAAGCACAUGGGUGUUCUUGAAGCCUUUCACUUUGGAACUUUGGGUAACAAGCGGUUGCUUUUUCAUAUUCGUUGGUUUUGUAGUCUGGGUUCUCGAACAUCAGAUAAAUGAUGAUUUUCGAGGACCUCCACGUCAACAAAUGGGCACAAGCUUGUGGUACUCCUUCUCAACUAUGGUUUUUGCACACCGGGAGCGAGUAGUGAGCAACAUGGCUAGGUUUGUCGUGAUCACUUGGUGCUUUGUUGUUCUCAUACUGACUCAAAGUUACACUGCCAGUUUCAGUUCAAUUUUGACAGUGCAACAGCUCCAGAAGAACGUUACCGAUGUAAACCAGCUCCUGAAGGAUGGGAAAAAUGUCGGCUACCAAUCAGGUUCUUUUGUUUUGGGGACUUUGAAGCAACUUGGUUUUCAGGAGGACAAACUUAGGGUGUAUAACACCACAGAAGAAUUGAAUGAACUUCUUCAAUUGGGAACUGAAAAUAAUGGUAUAUCAGCUGCUUUUGAUGAAACCCCCUACCUGAAACUGCUUCUUGCAACUUAUUGCUCAAAAUAUACCAUGGUUGAGCCAACAUUUAACGCUGAUGCCUUUGCCUUUGCCUUCCAAAAAGGUUCGCUCCUCACGCGUUACAUUUCAGAUGCAAUUGAGAUAACUGAUAUGACGAAAAUUGAGAAAAAAUGGUUUGAUAGAGCAGGUUGUUCAAACUCCAACUCAGGGGAUCCUUCCAACAAUCUCACUCCAACCGUUGAUAGCUUUUGGGGGCUCUUUAUCAUUGCUGGGGUUGUUUCAUCAUUAGCUCUCCUCAUAUUUGCAGCGAUGUUCUUUUACGAUCACAGACACACCUUGCUGAACCUUGAUCCAAAAACCACAUAUUGGGGAAGAAUUCGUGUGAUGUUGAGGAUAUAUGACCAAAGAGAUCCCACUUCGUACACUUAUAACAUGAGAGGACUGCAAGAUCCUGUUCAUUGUCUAAGUGCAGAUGAAUCCUUACCAAAAACUACUCCCCCAAGGCCAUCAAGCGCGAACCAUAUUGAAUCACACAUUGUUGUUGAACAGCAUUUUGGGACUGAGCAUGCUGGCUUGAAUCCCAAUCCUCAAGCAACUCAAAAGACUGAAGGUGCAAUUGAAUUGACUUCCCACAGUGAACAGGGACCAGUACCUCAUUAG